AUGCCUAUAUGUAAACCAAACAGCAUUUGUCAAAAUGAAACUAAAUCAGAGCCUGUUGCGGUACCAAAUCCCACGGCCGCAGCAACGCGCGGCCAACUUUUCUAGUUCUAUUCUGAUUAUAGGUAGCUAGAGUUUCUUCUGUUGGAUCAUAUAUUCAUAUUCAGUAAUUAAAACUCGUCUUCUUUCAAAAGCAAUGAAAUGUUAUACGAAAGAGAAGAGUCUCACACUGAGCAAUCAAGGUUCAUCUUCUUGAUUGGAAUCUUCCUCUUUCUCCGUUGUCGUGGGGAACGUAGAAAGAGAGAAGAUGGCUUCAUCUUCUUCCUCCCAUCUCUCAGCCAGUCAGCCAUACCGCAACACCUACCAAAAUCCUCACCAGCCCACUUGAACUCAAAGUCAGUUGGGUUUCAUACUUUCAUGUAAGAUCCAAUCUUGACAACAAGAGUGGCAGUCGAGAGGAUUCGGACCAUUCAGCUAAACCAUCGAAGAGUUCAUUCAAUCUCUCUUGAAUCAUGGACGAGUUGUGGGUCUCUUUACUGGAGAAGGCAUAUGCCAAAUUGCAUUGCUCCUAUGAACCUUUAGAAGGUGGACUUGUCCAAGAUGCUCUUGUAGACCUCACUGGAGGUGCGGGGGAAGAGAUUGACAUGAGGAGUGCUCAGGCCCAAAUUGAUCUUGCGAGUGGUCGAUUAUGGUCUCAGUUGUUGCGCUUCAAACAAGAGGUAUUUCUUCUGGGUGCUGGAAGUCCAUCUGGUUCAGAUGUACAUGUUUCCUCCAGUGGCAUUGUCCAAGGUCAUGCUUACGCAUUAUUGCAGGUGGAUGGUCACAAGCUUAUUCAGAUUCGGAAUCCGUGGGCCAAUGAAGUUGAGUGGAAUGGCCCUUGGUCUGACUCAUCGCCUGAAUGGACUGAUAGGAUGAAGCACAAGCUGAAGCAUAUUCCACAGUCAAAAGAUGGCAUAUUCUGGAUGUCCUGGCAAGACUUCCAAAUUCAUUUUCGAUCAAUAUAUGUUUGCCGUAUCUAUCCCCCGGAGAUGCGCUACUCUGUUCACGGCCAAUGGCGAAGUUAUAGUGCUGGUGGCUGCCAAGACUACGAGACAUGGCAUCAAAAUCCACAAUUCCGAUUGCGGGCCACAGGGCCAGAUGCCUCAUUUCCAAUUCAUGUAUUCAUUACAUUGACACAGGGUGUGAGCUUCUCAAGAACAGUUGCUGGUUUCAGAAACUAUCAAUCCAGCCAUGAUUCAAUGAUGUUCUAUAUUGGGAUGAGGAUACUCAAAACCCGAGGCCGCCGAGCUGCUUACAAUAUAUACCUACAUGAAUCAGUGGGUGGGACAGAUUAUGUUAAUUCACGAGAAAUAUCGUGUGAAAUGGUUUUGGAUCCAGAUCCAAAAGGUUACACAAUAGUCCCAACAACUAUACACCCUGGCGAAGAAGCUCCAUUUGUUCUUUCUGUUUUUACAAAAGCAUCAAUAACCUUGGAAGCCUUGCACUGAUGGCCCUUCAGUUUUUUUCUUCUCCUUUGGUCUGAGAGCGCAUAUGCAGGGAUUUGAAUGCUUGGGCUGGACGUGGACUAUGUUUCCCUGCUGGCAGGUUAUGGGCCACAAAUCAGAAAUGAUGACAAGGCCAGGCAUACAUUAUGUAAGCGAGUCUCUCACGACUUCAAAUGCAAAGAUGGGCCAGGUAACAGGUGAUACCCUAUGGCAGAACUCAGCUCUACAGCUCAGUCCCAUCCAAGUGUCAAGAGUUCUCAGUGAGAAGAAUCAGUAAGAUUGAAUGCGAUGAUGUGAUGUGAACUGGUGCUUGUGAAACUAAAAACUAAAGGCUCCCUUGACUUGGCCGCCAAGUAUAUCUAUCCUUCACUUCUGCAGAAUCAACCAGGGAAGAGGGCUUUCUGUGGGUUUUGUAAGUUUAUGUGUACAGACAACUAACUGUUUUGUAGGGAUGGAUAUAGGAUAGAGUUGAUCUUGUAAAUGAGGGGGAAAUAGGAGGAAAGGAAUAGGAAUGUUUAGUUCAAGGGAAAUAUAAUUCAGCAAAUUUAGCUAGAAUCCUGUGUUGUU